AUGGGAGAAGGGACGGGGAGAGAGGGAGAGAGAGAGAGAACAAGACAAAAGACAAAAGAGCAAGGACUUGGACAGAAAGAGGCAAGCUUUGUGUUCCCUCUUUUUAAUGGUUGUGGAAGUCAGUCUGAAGAAAAUGAAGCAAUUAAAUCAGCGGAUCUUGAUCUGCCACUGGAGCGCGGUUUGCACACAAACCUCCUUGUGGAGGAGGAGCUGGAGGUGGGGAGUCUCUAGCUAGCAGCGAGCCACAGAGAUUGCUAAAUACAAAUUGAUUUUGCUUAAUGACUUGGAAGGCUGAAAAUGCAGUUGGCUGAUGAUGGAAGGAGGAGAAGGAAGAAGAAGGGAGAUACAGAGAAGAGGCACAGAACAACCAACAGAAUGAAUGCUUCUGCUGGGCUUGAGGAAAGGGUGUGGAGGAGGUGGAACAAAACCUCAUUUGUGCCAAAUGUGCUUAAGUGGCUGGUCACCUGAGAAAAGGAUAUUAUAGGCCAUUCUCCAAAAGAGUUGCUGACUAGAUAAUUGGAAAUUUGGAUAAAGGAGUGCAGUUUAAGACUCUUCCUUAUACAGUCAUACCUCAGGUUACAGACACUUCAGGUUGCUUCAGGUUGUGCAUGCGCAAAAGUGCCAAAUCGCAACCCACAGGUGCGCAGACGCAGCGCUGCGGGUUGCGAACAUGCCUCCCGCAUGGAUCACGUUCACAACCCGAGCGUCCACUGUACCUGCAACUCCCCAUGGCACCACCUCUCUCUCCUCAGCCGCUUCAGACUGUCAGUGUUUUGUAGGAAACUGAGAAGAGGUGUGAUAGCCAUCUUCAAAUAACUAAAGGGCUGUCACAGGGAAGAAGGAGCAAGCUUGUUUCCUGCUGCUCCAGAGGGCCGGGUCUGAACCAAUGGAUUCAAAUGACAAGAAAAGAGAUUCCAACUAAAUGUUAGGAAGAACUUUCUGACAGUAAGAGCUGUUUGACAGUAGAACAGUGGAAUCUCCUUCACUGGAGGUUUUAAAGCAGAGGAUGGCUGGCUGUCAUGGAUGAUUUGGCUGAGAUUCCUGCAUGGCAGGGGUUGGACUAGAUGACCAUCAGAGUCCCCUCCAAGACUACAAUUCUAUGAAACCACAACUUAGGUCAGUGCAAUGCAAGCAGCAGAUUCACUGCAGGAGGAAGAACGUGGCCAUGGUAUCGUUUUCAGGAUUUGUACUAAGCCAUAGUUUGGCUUAAUGUUACAUGUGAAUGAGAUCAUUGCAUUCCAGCUAGGCUGUUCAUUAAUUGUACCAAUGACGGUUAAAGUGUUGCUAUCACCCAGCACGGCCAAUCAUCAGGGAUAACAGGUGUUGUAACCCAACAUCUGGAGGGCCACAAGUUGCCCCCCAGCUCUGCCCUAAAAUGACAGGUCUGAAGCUUUGGGGUGCUUGUCCAUCCACCUUUGUCAUUAGGGGCACAUGGCCUCUGAGGCUUGGGGCGCCCAGAGCCUUAGACUGCGGCACCAGCUACAGCCCUACCUGGACAGAAUGCGGGUUCAUGCCCUGAUAAUCUCCUGUUGUUGUAUGUGGGGCUACUUUUGAAAACAACCCAGGAACUUUAGUUGGUAGAAAUUAUCGCUGCCUGGGUGCUAAUGAGGACUGGGCAGGUUGUUACGGAAAUAUUAUGCUUAUCACCUUCACUGACUCCUAGUCAAUCUCCAGGCUCAAUUUAAAUUGCUGGUUUUGACUGCUGAAGCUAUUCAUGGCCUGUGCCCUUGGUACCUGAAGUACUGCCUCAUCUCACAUGCUCCUGGACCCUGAGGUCAUCACCUGGGGCUCCUUUGUGUGUCGAUGCCAGGUGAAAUACAAAUACAACCCUCUGUGGAUUUUUAUUCCUCUGCUCUCCAUUUCAAAUUGGCUUGUUGUAGCAACAUUCCUUUCUCUCUGCAAUGUGUGUAGUUAAACUAAUGUGUUACUUUAUAGUGGUGGGUGUUAUAUUGGUUGUACCUUGUUUGUUUGUUUACAACUUUGCUUCCAUAUAACCUAUCCUCACUGAAAGCAUUGAUUCCUACCCUGUUAGAUAGUUAUACAUGAUAAUUUUGUUUUCAUUAGCUAUGUGCAUGCAGAUUUUCUUUAAUGCUGCCAAAUAAGGAAAAUAUGGCUUUCCUGUGAAGGAAUGUGCAGUUGUCAGUAUUAAAGAAUUCUUAAACAUCUAUGCACUGACUUUGGCUAGUUCACACGAAGCAAAAACACAUCACACACAAAGCAGAAAGGUACUGUGAGUGUUGUCACUGAUAGAAAAUGUCAGUGGGUGGGUGAUAAAAUCUAUUCCGUCCUAACAGUGCAUGGUCUGAUUGUUGCAUACUUUCAAAGAGCAGGAUAAAUGGAUAAAAAUUUGAUGUAGGAACUGUCUGUUAUAUACCAAACUUUUAUCCAUUUAUCCAGCUCUUUGAAAGUAUGCAACAACCAGGCCAUGCACUAUUAGAUCAAAUAUGAGGGCUCUGGGAGCUAGUUUUUCUUGCUUAAGAAGAACCUGAGUAACAAGAUUUAUUCUAUCUACAUUUUGUGCUAUCUAAUUUGCAUCUUUUCCAUGAUGCGCUCACAAAUUAUUUCAGUACAUUGCAGAUCUCUUGCAGUCAUUCUGAACUCAUGAAGGCCCAAAUUGGGCAAAAAGUGUGGAAGUUACUGCACCAAACUCCUAUAUACUGACUAGGUACCAAAGUACGUAUAAUAUAGGGCUGUUCCUUUAAAUGUGGCUUAGCAGGGAAAUACUACAGAAAAUUUAAAGAGUGUUUAAACUAGGGUCUGAAGGAGAAUUGCCUAUUCAAAUUACUGAUAUUACCUAGUCCCCUAGUGGGUAGGGUUGCCACUAAACUCAUUUUCUAAGUACUUCCCUUCCUGCCCCAAUUCACCUAAACCCCACUCUGCUGUCCAAAAUUUACCACUACAUUUUGCUCCAGGACAGGGCUAUCUCUGCUUCUGGAGCACAGCACGUUCUGAAUCUGCCAUAAGUUGCAUUGUCCUUGGAAAUGGUCAUCGCCUCAGGCAUUAUCAUCUGCUUACCCCCUUCCCCUACAGAUGACACACCACCAUCUGGUUGCCUAGCUAUGUCCACAAACAGAGAGCAGCCGGGCUAACUCAAGGCAUCUGAUUGCAGCCCACAACAGUUCCCAUGUCCCUCUGUUCCCCUUCCCCAAACAGGUUAUUUCUAGGAUAAACUAGAAAGAGGUGUCUGGGCUUGCCAUUUCACAAGUAGACUCCUUUUUUGUUAUUUUUAUGCCAUAGAAGGCUCUUUUCUACCAGCCCAGCUGACCCUCACUGGUAACCUUGCUGGCAGUUUUAACGUUAGAUAGAUUUAGGUGGGUAUUUAUACACACAUGAAACAUUGUUCAAGUUAACAGCAUUCCUACGCUAUUGAGUCAAACGCCUCCACAAAUAGAGGGGAGAGACAUGUGGCUUGCACUACUCGGUGUUUUAUUAUUAUUUUAAAAAAUAACCCUUUAUUCCUCUUAAAUAUGCUUCUUGUAGUUAGCCAGGAGAGGCAUGGGUUCACAGUGCAACUGCACUUCUGACCUGAAAUUCAAAGCCAACAAGGGAGCAAGCCAGGGCGAGUAACCUUAUCCCUGGACAAGGAAGCUGAAGAAAACUGAGUGAGGAGGUCUGAGCAGCAGCAGGGUGGGCUUAUUGCCCGUGGGUGUUGAAUGAUGCAUUUUGCUGCCUGGACAAUUGUCCUCCAGGCAGGAAGAGGUCAGUUAGCAAGUAGGACUUGGGGGAGCUACAUAAGGCCAAAUGCCUUUUGCAGGGUUGAUGCCAUAUUAAUGUACAGUAAUACUAGGACUGUCCCCCUGCCACUCCUCUGUGAUGCCUUCUGCUCCUUCAAACCCCUCAUAUUUUGCCAGUCACCCUUUAGGGCUUGCUACCUUAGUCAUCUUUGCCCAAUUAAAGUUCAUUCUUAACCUGCAAUCCUAUUACGGUGGUACCUCUGGUUAGGAACUUAAUUCGUCCGUUCUUAACCUGAAACUGUUCUUAACCUAAGGUACCACUUUAGCUAAAGGGGCCCCCCACUGCCGCCGCGCAAUUUCUGUUCUCAUCCUGAAGCAAAGUUCUUAACCCAAGGUACUAUUUCUGGGUUAGCGGAGUCUGUAACCUGAAGCGUCUGUAACCUGAAGCGUCUGUAACCCGAGGUACCACUGUACAUGCCUACCUAAGAAGCAGCCCUACAGAACGCAGUGGGACUGAGCUGGCAUACAAAAGAUUGUGCAGCAAGGCUAUGCAUUUCCUAACACCCAACCAUUACUACUCUGGUCUCAUCCUUUCCUCCUCUCUCCCUCUCCCUCUCCUAUCACAAAACCAGACAUUUAGUCUUCCCUCCCACCGCACCUUGGGAACAUAACAGCAGCAAGUACUGGAAAGCACACGUCCAUGACCCUUGGCAUGCACAGGUGUCUCCUCGGUUUCUAGACAUUCCUGUAUUUCAUGUACGCAUUCACACGUGGCUGCCAACAUACAUGCAAAGGGGGGGGGGGAGAGGUGAUGGAAAGAGAGAGGGUUAAAGAGGCUUGCUCCUUCCCAGCCCCUCCCAACGCAGCCUUCCUCUUGCCGCUGCUGAAAGUUCAGACAGAGCCAAGCGCCAACCACUCUGCCUCUGGCACUGGGAGGCGAGUGGAGAGGCCUGCCAGCCGGCCGCCUCCUCUUCCCCGCCUCCUCCCCCACCCCACUCCGUAGGCAGGGAUCUGGUGUCAGCCUUUCCACUAGAAUUGCACAGCCGUUUCCAGAGAGACUGAGGUGGGGGUGGCCCCGGGGGCUCCGGUUUCUUGCACUGUUUAUUAAUAACCUCACACCCACCCCAUGCCAAAAGCCUGUCCGGCCGGGGGCACAAGGAACUUGGUUCCUGGAGAGAAAGGUAAGAAGAGCUAAAUUGCUACCAUUCAUUGGUGAGUGUGGGCUCUCUUUUCUGUUCUAGUAGCUGGAAAGGAGAUGCUCCCAGCUAAAAAGGACUAGGCUCAUUUAAGGGGGAGAGGGGAGCAACCUAACGGUUUUGGAAAUGGGGUGUGGUUGGCGAAUAAUUCAGAUUCGAAAGCAUCAGGUUUAUUAAGGGUGGGCUCGAUUGGGUUGCCUGCCAGACCAUUUGUGGCCAGCGCAGGCCUGACUGGAAAAAGGAAGAAGGGUACAGUGCCUUCCCCCGCUGCUGGACCACUGAGAAAGAGGCUGUCUCCCCUAGCUUUGUACGUUUCUUUUCUUUGCCCAAGUAAGAAAUAUCAGCCUGGAUGCACGACAUCCUGCUACAGAGAGGAGGGGGGAGAAGCAAGGACUGUCUGAAUCUGCCUGGGUGGAAAGCGAGACCAUUUGCCUGUGAAAAAAUGUUCACAAGGAAGGAAUCGUGCUGCUGCUAGAUAGAUGAUUGGUGACAGAUUCCGGUCCUAAUUCAGAAGUUGAAACCAAAGAGCUUUGCACCAGUCCUCACCUAAGCUUUCUGUAUCCAACUACUAAGAAAUAGCAAGCAUGGAAGUGAAGGCUGCUUCACUUUGCUGUUUUCACAAGGGUGGGAAAAUGCCUUAUUUGGGAAAAGAGAAGGUUUAUCUCUGAAAAUAAUCUCCAGUGGUGCUCAGAGCUGAAGUCGAACAUGCAAAUGGCACUCCCUUCCCCAACAACUUAACAGGGGGUAGGGUACCAUCUGCCAUGAAGCUCUCAUGUACCCACCUUACUGAAAUGUCAAUGGGCCUCUGAAGGGCAGGGGGCUGGUGCCCCCUGGAUGUGCCCUUUGUCUCCUCCUCUGACAUCCUGAUGGCAGGGCCACCCUGCAGGUGCUCUCCCCUUAAAUAUUCCAUGGAAGUUUCCCUGCUCCCCUUGUUAAAGUGCCUGUUACCCAACUGGCCCUUCAAUGUGCUGCUCAUAUUGGGUAGGGCUUCAGCCCCACCCCAUUGGGUAUUUCACUACAGCUGGUUCUAUUUCAGAACAUUUACCUCUUUUUAGUUGUUCAGGUGCUCCACAUUCUUAAAGACAGCAGAUUAAACACCUCCUUCUCUGCCAUUUAGACACAGUGCACAUUCACCCAAGCCUUAUCUUGUGAAGAGGUCUUUCAUCUGCGGACAGCUGCUGCACACACCCUCUUCCUUCAGGGAAUGGCACUACUCUACAAUGCUUGCUUGCUUGGAAACCAGGGCCCCUCAAUAAUAUCCCUUGCCUGCUGUGAUAUUUUGAUCCAUCCUCAGCCAUCUUGCAGAGCGUGCAUGCAAGCUCAUUUGGGCACUCUCUUCUGUACAUCUGAGGCUGCGUCAGCAUUUUCAAUUAAAAUAAAAAAAGCUGCCCUCUUUUCAGUAAUCAAUGACUUAAAGCAACACAGAUUCCCCUCCAACUGACCAGUUGGUACUUAAGUAGCCUGGCAAAAAACAAAACAAAGCAAAACAAAAAAACCACCUCUCAGCUCAUUUGCCCCACAUUUGUCAACACAAUACAACACAUGCUUAAAGUAUAUUUAUUUAUUCACUUAAUACAGCUGUUCUGGUCAGUGUAUUUCUGUCAGGGUUCCCCUACCCCCGAUCUUCUCUUACAACAAGCCAUUACUUGUUAUUUAUAUUUUAUACCCAUUUUUGUAUCUAUCUUUUUAUCCAUAUACAUGGCACUUUAUAAAGAGUAAGAGAAUAAGUCUCUGCCCCAUAUUGGUUACAGUCUAGAAAACGAUGUGAGGGAAAUGGAGGUGGGUUGGCGGAAGAAUGAUGGCAGGUGUAUUUACUUAGGCUCAGUUACAGUAUGGCAUGGGGGGCAAGGAAGGGGUGACCAAAGCUUCGUGGAAAAGAUGAGUUUUGAGGAGAACUUGAAGGAAGUAACAAUAUGCAGCAUCACAGAUGCAUAUGUUAAACAAACACGUUGCAACACAGUUUAAAUUUAAGCAGGUUUAAAUUCAUUAAAACCCAUGGAGUUAGGGUUAAGCUAUCACUAAGGAGAGUAAGGUGAUCCCACUGGGUAGCAGAUCCGGAGCAUCAUUAAUGAGCAGAAGACUUGACAAUUUUUAAAUUAUUGUCUUAUUUUUACUGCCAAGGUAGAAAGCAGAUUUUGAUUCCAAAAUUUAUUCAGCCAUACCUAGUUUACCACAUUCAACUCAACAUAUAGAGACUUGUUCAACAAGGUUACAAGUUGUCUCUAAACAUGUAGAAUUGUUACAGGAACAACAAUGGUAUACUACUUCAUUAAGAGCACAUUUUAAAAGCCUUUGUGAUUUUUAUAAUGGUCCUGAUAUUUUUAUUAGAUAACUGUUGUGCCUAGAUUUUUUUCCCUGACGCACCAAGAGAAUUAUGGGUUCUGCCCAUACGGGGUACACAGGAAAAUCAUGUAUACCCAAACUCUUGGAGCUAUCCCUGCAGCUUGCGGGUGAGGGGAGAAAGAGGAAAAAAAAUCCCCGGACUCCCAGAGCCCGUGUAACAAGUAGAUCUUAAAAGCCCUUUUCGCGCCAGGUACAGUAACCCCAAAUGGGCCUGGUGCAAAAAUAGCUUCUAAGCAAUCCACCUUGAUUGGAUUUAAGUUGUAUAAUUUCAACCAGCCUGCCUUCAACCAUGUUGAAAUUGCUCAAAUUAAAAGUUUGUAAGAUUUUCUCAUACUGCAUUCACAGAGAGAUAGGUAAAGGUAAAGGGACCCCUGAGCAUUAGGUCCAGUCGUGGCCGACUCUGGGGUUGCGGCGCUCAUCUCGCUUUAUUGGCCAAGGGAGCCGGCGUACAGCUUCCGGGUCAUGUGACCAGCAUGACUAAGCCGCUGCUGGUGAACCAGAGCAGUGCACGGAAAUGCCGUUUACCUUCCCGCCGGAGCGGUACCUAUUUAUCUACUUGCACUGCUGGGUUGGCAGGAGGAGGGACCGAGCAACGGGAGAUCACCCCGUCGCGGGGAUUCGAACCACCGACCUUCUGAUCGGCAAGUCCUAGGCUCUGUGGUUUAACCCACAGCCCCACCCAUGUCCCUUAACAGAAAGAUAAGGUAUGUGAAAUACGGGGUAUUAUUAUUAUUAUUAAUGUUCAAGGGCAGUGUUUCCCAAAUUUACAAUAACCGCGUACUCCUUUUGAGAGUUUAGUCUUAGCAGCAUACCCAGUCUUGGACAAAGAUAAUUUGGGGGGUAGUUUUAAUACAGCACACCAUUCUCACACUAAAUUCUAAUGAAUUGUUUUCUGCAGCUAAAAAAAAAACUAAAAAGCAAAAUAAAAAUGUAUGCCAUGCACCCUUUGAAACCCUUUUGUGUACCACUGGGACUACAUGUACCACACUUUGAGAAAAAUUGUUCUAGGGGAACCAGCUGGGGUAUAUGGUGAGAAGUUGGGGGAGGAAGCUAACUUCUUGGUCUUGGUAACAAAGCAUCAAAUUCUUCAAAGUUUUCUGCAGUUGCAGGAUUCUCAGCUGAAGGAUGGCACAUCUGCUUCUUCUCAAAUGCCUGCCUAUGCUCAAUGAGCUCCGUUGUUCAGCCGUUUGUAGGCCUGAUUCCAUGAUUGCUUUUUAUUUCCAGGGAAGUGAUGGCAGACUCCGAGCCUGCUCUGGAUUUGGACAAUGCAGAAGCCUUCUCAGAGCUAGGUGCUGGGGUUCCAGGAGCACUCUUAGAGCUUGAUGGAGAAGACACCCCUGAGAUGCUGUAUAUGGAUCCCACCAACAUGCCAUUCCUUCAAGACACAGAAAGCACAGACUCUCCAGUGGUGCUGCAGGAAGACAUGGAAGACGAUGAAGUAUAUUAUGAUGCAGAAGACAUAAGCAUUGAGGAUCUCGGAAAGCAUUUUCAGGAGUGCAUUGAAGCAGUGGAAGAGCUGGAGAGGGAGAGGGACCAGCUUAUUCGGGAACUGAUGCUCCUACGGGAACCAGCUCUUGAGGAAAUCAGACAAGCCCAUGAAGAGAUCCUCGAAGCCUACAGGCUGCAUGCCAAGGUGGAGCUUGAAAGGGACAGUCUGCGGGAUGAAAUUCGGCAAGUGAAACGGAAGCUUUUUAGGGUGACUCGGGAAUGUGUGGCGUGCCAGUACCAGCUGGAAAACAGGAGGCACGACGUGGCCCAGUUUGCUGUCUACCGGGAAGAACUGGAAAGCAGGGUCAGCCAGCUUUCAGAGGAGCUAUCCCAAUUGAGAGAGACUUGUGAGAAAGAGAAAGAGCAGUUGAGAGAACAGCUGAAGGCUCCGAGGAGGCGGAGGAGCAGCUGCUACCUCCAGGCAAGCAGGCGGCUUUCCAUGGAGUUUGAGAGCUUUGUGGCGGAGAGCCGUCAGGGCCUGGAAGAACAGUAUGAGCCUAAGCUGAUGCGCCUCUUAGAAAGGAGAGAAGCCAGCAGAAAGGCUUUGCAAAAGACACAGGGCGAGAUUCACAGAUUAAAGGAAACUCUGAGGCCACUGCAGGGAGAGGUCAGCAAGUUAUUGCUGCAGAACAAAAACCUGGAGCAACAGAUCCUGCUCAUUAAGCAAAAACGGGAUGAAGAAGUUCUUCAGUACAAGGUAUGCCUGAUGGCAGCCUUUCCCAGCAUGGUACCCUCCAGAUGAUUUGGACUCCAGCUCACAUUAGCCAAUGGGGAAGGAGGAUGGAAGUCACUAUCCAAAACACCUGGAGGGCACCAGUUGGAAAAGGCUGCCUAACAGCCUUGCAGCCUCCCCUGCUCUAAAGCUAGUUGCCAAGCAGGUCGAUGUAGCACCUGCCUAUCUGAUGAAAUGCCGCCUGCCAUGACACAGACUCCAGAGUAUCUGAACUCACAUACACUAUUGGGAGAAUGAGAUGCCACUCCUGUCAGGCUGUACCAGGGAAAUUUCUGUCUGACUGGUCCUUUAUAGAGGUGUAUCUUAGCUAUCAGCUCCAGGAGAGAGAAAUAGUGAAGGAGAAAGUUAAACCUUUUCCUUCCUGUAAAAAGAACUAGCACGUCAGGUAGAAGACUAUAUUAAUACUGUGCAUGCAAGAUGUUUUUCAUACAAGGGAGCCCCUCAAAGAGACAUCACAAUUUGGCUUGGAAAAGAACCUAUUGGGAGCCAAGAGGAGGGGCUUUGAAGUCAACCAGCCCACAGCAUCCCCUCUUCCUUAACACUGCAAUCAGGAAAGCUCCCCCCCCCCAAGCCUAAAUCCAGAAUGGGGGGCAGAGAGAGAUUUUCAGCAGGAUGAAUUGCAUCUAGAGUGGACUUAAUCCUUUCUUCCCCAGCUGAGACUAUCCCAAAAUAUCUCCUGACGUGUUUUAUAUUAUUAUUACAAACUUUACUGAUUUUUAAAAAAACAAUUACCAAGCAUAAAGUAUUGCCUUCCAGGAAAAUGCAUGUACAGAUGCUAAGUCUUAGAUGCACCUCACACGUUUAACACUUGUUAAAAUGUCACAUUAACACAUAAUUUAUAUAUGGAAUUAAUACAGGGGUCAUGGCUCAGUGACACAGCACCUAUAGACAGUCCCAGAUGCAAUCUGUGGCAUCUCCAGGUAGGGCUGGGAAAGACUGAUGUCACUCAGUGUUAGACAAUUAUGAGCUAGAUGAACCGACUUGCUAUGUUCCAUACUUGAUCUGUAGUGAAAGGCACUAUUUUAGAUGAAUUAGACAAAUGCCUGGAGGACAGACAUGUCGGUGGUUCUCAGCCAUGUCGCUAAAUGACGCCUCUGCAUUCAGAGGCAGUGUACUUCAGAAUACCAGCAUCUGGUAAUGACACAACAGAGAAAUCACUAUGGCCUUAAAUCCCUGUUUCUGAACUUUCAGAGGCAUUCAGUUGGCCACUGUGGAAACAGAACCAUGGACUAGGUAGACCUUUCACUUAAUGCACUGACACAGUCAUGCCAAGAAACAAGGCUGAUGUGUAAAUGCUAUUUCUUUAAAAAUAAGAACUACUUCUAAAUGGAACAGGGAGGAGACUAGCCUGGCCAGCAUCCAUAUCUGGAUUUUACCAAACCAUCAACAGUUCCUACGAGGCUCAGUUGCCUUCCUUGACUCAAGUUUAUUUACAGAUGGUAGGAAAUGCUGUAUAUUAAAAGGUUUAGCGUUCUCUAAGGUCCAAGGAAGUUUACAGGAAUUGAGUGAGACACAUUCCUUGCUAUGCAAAUGUGACUGCUCUUUUCCAGCCCUUCUACUCACAUAUGCAAGCUCCUCCAAAGGCUGGGUUCUACAGGGUGAGUCCUUUAAAAGAGGCCCCAUGGAUACAGACUAAACAUGUUCCAUGGGGCUGCUUUUAAAAGACUCACCCUGUAUAAUCCCUCCCAUAAUCCCUGCAGAGGUUUUAGCAGAUUUUCACCAAGGUACAUGCAAAAACAGAUGCCGCAGGACCUUUUACUUUGUUGUUGUUUAGUCGUUUAGUCAUGUCCGACUCUUCGUUACCCCAUGGACCAGAGCACGCCAGGCACUUCUGUCUUCCACUGUCUCCCGCAGUUUGGUCAGACUCAUGUUUGUAGCUUCGAGAACACUGUCCAACCAUCUCGUCCUCUGUCGUCCCCUUCUCCUUGUGCCCUUAAUCUUUCCCAACAUCAGGGUCUUUUCCAGGAGUCUUCUCUUCUCAUGAGGUGGCCAAAGUAUUGGAGCCUCAGCUUCACGAUCUGUCCUUCCAGUGAGCACUCAGGGCUGAUUUCCUUAAGAAUGGAUGCGUUUGAUCUUCUUGCAGUCCAUGGGACUCUCAAGAGUCUCCUCCAGCACCAUAAUUCAAAAGCAUCAAUUCUUCGGCGAUCAGCCUUCUUUAUGUUCCAGCUCUCACUUCCAUACAUCACUACUGGGAAAACCAUGGCUUUAAGUAUACUGACCUUUGUUGGCAAGGUGAUGUCUCUGCUUUUUAAGAUGCUGUCUAGGUUUGCCAUCGCCUUUCUCCCAAGAAGCAGGCGUCUUUUAAUUUCGUGGCUGCUGUCACCAUCUGCAGUGAUCAUGGAGCCCAAGAAAGUAAAAUCUCUCACUGCCUCCAAUUCUUCCCCUUCUAUUUGCCAGGAGGUGAUGGGACCAGUGGCCAUGAUCUUUGUUUUUUGAUGUUGAGCUUCAGACCAUAUUUUGCGCUCUCCUCUUUCACCCUCAUUAAAAGGUUCUUUAAUUCCUCCUCACUUUCUGCCAUCAAGGUUGUGUCAUCUGCAUAUCUGAGGUUGUUGAUAUUUCUUCCGGCAAUCUUAAUUCUGGCUUGGGAUUCAUCCAGCCCAGCCUUUCACAUGAUUAAUUCUGCAUAUAAGUUAAAUAAGCAGGGAGACAAUAUACAGCCUUGCCAUACUCCUUUCCCAAUUUUGAACCAAUCAGUUGUUCCAUAUCCAGUUCUAACUGUAGCUUCUUGUCCCACAUAGAGAUUUCUCAGGAGACAGAUGAGGUGAUCAGGCACUCCCAUUUCUUUAAGAACUGGCCAUAGUUUGCUGUGGUCGACACAGUCAAAGGCUUUUGCAUAGUCAAUGAAGCAAAAGUAGAUGUCUUUCUGGAACUCUCUAGCUUUCUCCAUAAUCCAGCGCAUGUUUGCAAUUUGGUCUCUGGUUCCUCUGCCUCUUCUAAAUCCAGCUUGCACUUCUGGGAGUUCUCGGUCCACAUACUGCUUAAGCCUGCCUUGUAGAAUUUUAAGCAUAACCUUGCUAGCGUGUGUAAUCAGUGCAAUGGUGCGGUAGUUGGAGCAUUCUUUGGCACUGCCCUUCUUUGGGAUUGGGAUGUAGACUGAUCUUCUCCAAUCCUCUGGCCACUGCUGAGUUUUCCAAACUUGCUGGCAUAUUGAGUGUAGCACCUUAACAGCAUCAUCUUUUAAAAUUUUAAGUAGUUCAGCUGGAAUACCAUCACUUCCACUGGCCUUGUUAUUUGCAGUGCUUUCUAAGGCCCAUUUGACUUCACUCUCCAGGAUGUCUGGCUCAAGGCAACAACCACGCUACCUGGGGUGUAUGAGCCAUCCAUAUCUUUCUGGUAUAAUUCCUCUGUGUAUUCUUGCCACCUCUUCUUGAUGUCUUCUGCUUCUGUUAGGUCAUUACCACUUUUGUCCUUUAUUAUGGUAAUCUUUGUACGAAAUGUCACUUUCAUAUCUCCAAUUUCAUAUCUCCAAAUUUCAUAUCUCCAAAACAGAUGCCGCAGGACCUUUUACUUACACUUCCUUUUAACAUUGCUUAUGCUGUUUCGAAGCUGAAGGAAGAGCGACACCCUGAUCACUCUUGGUUUUUUCAUUUCCUCUUCUUACACUGGACAUAUUGAAAAACUGGGCUCCAAUCAUUUUUCUAUUUACUUCUUUUUUGAGUGUUACAAGGGGUGACUAACCCCCAUUUCAGGGGCCAGAUCCAACACCCUGCUUCCCUGCUCUCUCCUAGAUGUCACUUUGGGCAGUGCCAAAUUUUAUUUACAUAUACACAUAUUUAUAUACACACAGCACUGAAAUGGGUGGAAUAGAACUCAAAUCACUCCCUCGCUGGUUGCUUAAUGAGUGGAGAGGGGGCAAUAACCUCCUCUCAGCUAUUUAGGAUCAGCUGGGGAAGGAGGGCUGUGCCCCUGUGUGGGCACUUUUGGCCACACCCACUGGCGGCAUGUGGGCUCAGCCUAAAGAAGGUUAACCACCCCUGCUUCAAACCAUGUGAUUAGAUCCCUCUCUGGAACCACACAAAUAGCAGCCUAUUUUUGUGGCAAGGCAGGCAAGAAGCAUUCAGUGGGUAGGAACGGCCUAUGACACAUUCAGCCAAGUUGAAUUCUGAGAGCAACUGAGUCUUGUGUAACAUCAGGAAUCUCAGCAGUGCUUUAUUUGUACCAAGGGCUCAGCUUUAGAACCAGGCCUGAGUACUGCAAUACGGGAAAUGUAAGGAAAAUGCCUUUGAAAUAAUGCAUGGCUUGCCACUGUGACUCCAUCCUUGCCGCCGUCUGUGUAGACACCCUGCACCCCCACUAAUGGUUGAAGACUAAGGCUCCCUGUCUUGAUUGGGGGAUGGUUGAAAAUCAAACACUCGCUAGCAGUCAAUCCUGGAAAUGUCACAGCUGAAGUAUAACAUGCAGGUAGUUUAAAAAUACAAAUCUUCAAUCCAUUGAGGAAAGUAACUCCAAUAAAAAUAGGAAUAAUUUAGACUUCCGGGCUCAAAACACGGAGCCUUCUAACAAAUUUGUCCUGAGCAGUGGCUGUGGUAUAUUUUUGUAUGGCUGAAAUAAUCCCACAAACCAGUCUGGCAUUCAGCAUAUAUUCUGCAUUUUGCAUUGCAAGUAACGUCAGAUUCUCUCUCCACCAGCAAGUUUCUAGACUUCACAAUGAUACGAGGGGGGUGGAAACUUUGGGAGAGAUCGGUUGUAGUAUGAGCAGACAUCCACUAGGACAAUGAAGCUUCUCCAUCCUUCCUCCACUGUCCCCAAAAUCUGCUCUGGAGGAAUCCUCCCAAGAUUUCACACAACACUUACCGUAUUUAUCUGAACUGCACCAACUUCACGAAUCUUUGAGUUCUUAUGCUGCCAGUUUUAGCUAGUGCAAAUCAGCAUAGUUGCUGUUUGGCUGGCAUUAUCUCAGUCAGUUGGGGGCAAGGGCACCCCUACAAAAGUACCAUGCCAUCAGUAAUGAGUCAGACUCUGCUUUCAAUUGGUUUCUGAGCAAUAUGUUAUGCUUGCAUUGUGAAGACAACUCCUUCCUUCUUCAAUCCUACUUCAAGUUAUGCACAACUGGAAAAUUGAGAAUAUUUUAUUUUUAUUCUGCCUUUCAACCAAGGAGCUACAAAGCAAAUUAUAUAUAAUACAAAAACUGGGUGGCUCCAUCCACACAUUGCAUUAUUCUGCAGAACCACUUAUGUAAGGUGGAUGGUCUUUAUAUAGUUUAAAGAUGAGUAUACUUAAUUUCAGUCUGACAGCUUUACAAAAGUUGAGAAUUCUACUUGAAGGCUGCAAAAAAAAAGAAAAAGAAAAUCCAGACUACCUAAGAAAAAGCAUAGAGUUCAGUCUCUCAAGAACCAAACAUGUCUCCUUUUUAAUAUAUAAAGAGACAUUUUUAGUUUUCAGGCUACAGAGAUGGGUCUGAAAGUUUAUAAGCAACAUCAGGUGAAACCUGCAGUCAAAGGAAGGGUUAGCAAGAGUUUUUCCUGGUUCCCAGCUAUGCACAUGACUAACAGUACAAGUUAGUCAAAUUAACUUGCAUAAUUUAUAUAAGCCACAGACACUUUUAUUAUCUUUAUAACAAAUUUUUAUUUUAAGCAUGUAAUUCACAAAAGGGAAUGAACAAUUUAAACUGAUUGAUUCUGAUAGAAUGCUGUGGUUUUCUUCCUUCUGAUGUGAAAUAUGUGCUUGGACAGCAAAAUGUGAUGCCCUCUAGAAUAAUUAAGUUAUCAGCCAUAUGCUGGCCCUGAUUACAACAGGCACAAAACACUACAUGAUGAAUUUAAAAUGCAGGCUACAUUCCUUUCUGAAACAUUUCAAUGCUUUUCCAUCCACAGGACCAGGUGGAAGAGAUGGAAGAAAGGCUGAGGGAGCUGAAGAAUGGAGUCCAACUUCAGCAGAAGAAGAACCAAGAAUUGGAAGAGCUGAGGGCCAGCUUACACCAGGAACUAUCAAUUUACAAGUAGGUUUUACUAUCUUUCUUGAAACACUAUCCACAUGAAAGCAAAGCCUGCAAGAAAAUCUGAAAGCAGCAGUGAGAAAGGAGUGACAAAUUCUCACUAUAGGUCCUUCCAGUUACCAUGCUUGCUCAAGAUAUGUCUCUGUAUUCUGCAGACUAGCCCUUUGUGUUUGGGGAGUAGGAUGUUCUAGAAUAUGACUGACCUGGGACAUAUAUCUUAAAAAUAGUAGGGAACUGCUUCCCACUGAGGGUCUAGCUCUAUUCUGGCGGACAGGCUCCUGUCACUUUAGAACUUCCCUUCCCUAUGCUCAGUCCAAAACACAGGAGAACACAAGUAUUCUCAGCGGCAGAAUAAAAUCCAAAGAAAGUGAAAAGUCUGCCCUAGGCCACAGCAAGACUUUAUGGAUAGAGUCUGAUAGUAAGGGAACAAAUCUAGGGUUCCAAAGGUAUAAGAGGCACCCAGUCAGGAAUUCAAAAAUUAAGAGUGUUGGGCAGUAGUUUAUAUAACCAUGUAAAAUUUCAUGAUCCAAGAUGCUUCGACUCACAAGUGUACAGGUUGGUCAUGGUGUGUUUUCCAGGUGAACAAAGAUUUACGAUCUUAAUUCUGCUUAACAAGAGGUGGUCUAGACUUUGUAGUAGAAUGUGAAAUUCUUAUUGGAUAGGCCAUUCAAAAGCUCCUUUCUUUGCAACGGACAACACUAUAUAAACUAGGAUAGUUUAGGCAUGGAGAAGGCUGAAUAUUUUAAUUCUGGACAGUGUGUAAAGAAUGUGGACAUUUCCCUGUCCAUUUAACAAAGGUUUUCAGGGGAAACUUUCAAGCACAAGCCUGCCUUUUCACUCUCAUUUUCUCGAACAAAAUGUAGCCUUUUUAACUGAAGUGAUUGUGAGAGACACUCAAAAUGGCACAGUAGUGCUUGCCAGCAAAAGAGCCUCUAUAUUUCUGAAAGCAUUCCAAAAUUACUUGUUUUUUGGAACCAUAUAGAAUGUAAAUUCUGUCUUUGUACAGCAUUUUUCUGGUCUCUUCUUCUAAGAGUAGUACUGGUGCUUAUUUAUUUUCAUAAAUGUAAACAUACGCAGUAAUGCUCUGUCUGCAUAAGUUUUACAACCUUUUAAAAGGUUACUGCUUUAAAAUGUGCCAAGCACCACAAAAGGCAAAUGUCCUGCUGGAACCACUGUCUUCUCCAUCUCCUUGGGAAAAUGCAAAAAUGCAUAUUGUGACCAAAUAUUGCUCAAUGUUCAGCAAAAAGACCCUAAACAGCAUGUAUAGCCAGAAAACACACUAACACCACAAGCACAAGGUGCGCAGGUAAGGAUCAGCUAGUUUGCAACCUCUCUGUUUAGCAAAACAAAAAAGGGAGGUGAUAAGAAAAUAAAGAGGGGAAAGUGCCUCCACAAGAAAAUGAGCCAGUGUCAUAAGGACAAGGCAGAUAAAGGGCCUGCCAGCUCUAGCACCCAUUUAGCAAAAAGAGAAAAGGGGGUGAAUGGCCUCUGUAGGCAGAGUGCCUGCUACCACAAGGUAGAUGGAAGUGAGCAGCAAUGCCCUAUUGAUUCAAGCACACACACACCCUGCCCCUCAGGUCAACAACCUGAUCUACCUAUUUGUAGUCAGCUGCUUCCUCCAGUCAGUGUGUUGUUCCCUCUCCUAUUUUCUUGUAGGGGCCAGAAAGGGAAGGGAAGGUGACUGAAUGGGCAAAAGCGGGUGUGCUCAGGCCAAGAAACAGAGGCAAAGAUGAACCACUUUAAAAGCUAGUGCAAUCAUACACACACAACAGCAGCACUACUGGGCAAACUGAUGCCACAAGCACCAGGUUCGCAACCACCAUUGUAUACCAUUCUACAACAGACUGAGCCAGGAGGCAAAAGUGAAAAGUGUCAAAAGAGAAAGUCAAGGGUUCAUGUCUAAUCAGUAGGGUAGAUGGUGACAAAUGAAAAUGAAUGAGGUCACAUGUCAUAGGAGAUAAUGCAGUUAGAAAUACUGCUGAAACAUUCAGGCAGCAAUAUCAGAGAGGCUGUUGGAAAGGUAGGAUUGGAUUGGAUGGAGGGCAAAAGAUGUGGGGUGUCAUGAGCACAGGUCUCCCACUCGACCUCUGGAAUAAGCUGAGUGGAACGAUGAGAGUCCCACAAGGGAAAGAACAGCAAAGAAAUCUGAUUUCCUUGUGAAAUGUUAUUUCAUUGAGCAACUGGUUACUCAAUUUCUAUCCCUACAGAGACUGCUUAGAAAUCUAUGGACAACUCUGCAAGUCUGAAGCUAAACAAGACCAAGAUUGA